AUGGACUUUGGGAAUGCUUGUGCUCGUCGGACUGGCUUCCCAGUCAACGAGGACCAUUUACAAGCUGUGGAAGAGAUUGGGUGCGUUCUCAAGGGGCCGAUCGACAUCCCUGCUGGCAGUGCAUCGACACAUGUUGAGCUCCGAGGCCGGCGCUUCUCCUCGGCCAAUCAGGCUCUCCGCAAGCUCUUUCAGCUCUAUGCCAAUGUUCGACCGGCCAAGUAUCUCGAAGGAACUUGCUCCAAGUUCCCGGGAACUGAUGUCGUGGUUGUGCGUGAGAACACGGAGGGAAUGUACACUGGGGAGGAGGUGUGGGAAAGCCCAGACAGCGUGGUGGCAACGAGGCGGAUCACGCGGCAGGGCGCCACUCGAGUUGCAACCUUCGCAUUCGAGUUCGCACGUGCUAAUGGCCGGAAGAAGGUCACUGCAGCGCACAAAGCCAACGUCCUUCGGCAGUCGGAUACCCUCUUUCUAGAAUGCUGCCGCCAGAUAGCCUCCGAAUUUCCAGAGAUUGAGUACACCGAGCAGCUUUGUGACUCAUUGCUUACGGGUAUGGUAUUGCACCCACAGCACUGGGAUAUCAUCCUUUGUGAGAACCUCUUUGGUGAUCUUGUAUCUGACUUGGCCGCUGGCCUUGUCGGAGGCUUGGGCCUCGCGCCUUCGGCCCUUUAUGGAGAUUCAGGCGUGUCGAUUUUUGAACCUGCCCAUGGUAGCGCUCCGGACAUUGCUGGUCAAGACCGCGCCAAUCCCACGUCCAUGUUGCUUUCAGCUUCACGAAUGCUCCAGCACCUUGGUGAGCAUGCCGCCAGCCGAUCACUCGAAGCAGCGCUGGCGGCUGUUAUCAAGGAAGGCAAGCAUACGACACCCGACCUGGGCGGGGCCGUGGGAACUCAGCAAAUGGCGGCAGCCAUCGCCAACAGGAUCCAGACUUGA